UGGCUUUAAAAUACACCAGAAACAGUAACCCGGAAGUAUAGGCGGUAUGGAGCUUGCAGCGUUCUCUAGUGUAGACGUCUCGGCUGCUGAGCCAGGAGCUUUAGUGCAACGUAAAGUACCUACCUGCCUAUUAAGUUAUGAAUCUGAAUCUGGCAAACUGUAUUAGUGGGCGAUUUAUCAGUGUAUUUCAUCAUGAAUUUUGAAUUUGUGUAAAGGCCAGACUUAGCGUAUUUGGUCCCAGGACAAAAACUUCUUUGGGGACCCCCUCUGCUUCUCUACUUCAGUGAUGAAGAAAUAAACUUUAUGGAGAUACUUAAAUUUUUCACCUCAUUAUAGAUAACAAGAAAUUUGACUCGAACCUAAAAUAAAGCAAAGUAGUUCAUGGUAUUCAAUAUGGAAGGAAGCAUACUGGAAAAUGCCUAUCUCGGUCUUACUCCUCUAACUUCAACUGUGAAUGAGUUUCUUCUUCAGUCUAGUGUAAUUGAACCGGAUGAAUCUUUACUCAAGAGAAUUGUUUUAGAAGCUAAUCAGAAUGUUUUGACAACUACUAGGAAUAUAUUUUUAGAAGAAGGUGGACCUGUGAAAAAAAAGAAAUGCAAGAAGAAGCUUGGUGGCAGUCCUAAAUGUAAACAGGGCAAAUCAUUAAAAAAGAGAAGACUUUGUGCAAGGGCAGAUCGCAUUUCUGCAUAUAUCGAUAGAUCUUUAUCUCGUGAUAUGCCUGAUACUUGUGAUAUGGAAAGUAUUCCCUUGAGUUAUGAAGAACAGCGCUUUUGUCAUCCUGUCAGUUUUUUGAAUAAUGGAGGUGAAUGUCCUGCAGUUUUUGGAGGAGUUGCAUUAGGUCCACCUCCACCUCCUCCACCUGGUCUGUUAAGUACAAUGUCAUCAGGAAGAGAUUUAUUGAAACCAAGUGUUCUACGUUCUGUACGUAGCAGAAUACCAUCAGGUAUUCAAAUGCAGCAACAGUGCCUACUUCCCCCAGGUGGUAAUGAGUUCUGCUUUGGAAGUGCUGCUGUUGGCCAGGUUUUUUCAGCUGCUCAUAUCAAUAUAACAGAGAUGCCUGUGUACAGUUUUGAAUCUGAAGAUUCUAGUGUGGACAACUCUGUAUCAUUAAAAUUUUCCUCAAGAGAAGCUGAUACUUUUCAUCUUGAAAGAGUGCUGAAUAUUAAAUCUAAAAAGAUGCAAUUGUAUAAUGCUGCUAGUAUGGCUUUAAUCUGCGCAGCUAAUUUUAGAGAUGCUGGAAAUUCUUACAGAAAUUUCAUUGAAAAUUCUGCAGAUGCUCUAAGAUCAAUAGAUCCUGAAUUUAUUUUAAAGGUUGCUAUUUAUGCUCGACAAGAGCUAAACAUUAGGUCUGUGUGUAAUUUUCUUCUUUCUUAUGCUGCAUUUCAUGAAGAAACACGUAUAUUUUUGGAAAAAUACUUUGAUGCUUCAAUAAGAUUACCUUUGGAUUGGCUUGAGGUUGCUGACAUAUACCAAACAUUUAAUGAUGAACGGCUAAAAAAGGGAUCUUUGCCAGCAUGUCUGAAGAAGGUUUUAAAGAACUCUUUUCAGAAAUUCGAUGAAUACCAACUAGCAAAAUAUAACAGAGACAAAACCAAGAAGAAGAAAAACAAGGUUUUGCAAGGUUUUACACUGAAACAGCUCAUUAGACUUCUUCACAUUGAUUCCCCUGCAAAUGAAGUUAUGUGUCUUCUUGGUAAAAAGUAUCCAGAAUCUGGUGAGCAGUUCAACAAAUCUGGUUUGCCUGGUGCUUGGGAUUCAAAAUUGGCAGGAAAGCGAAUGAAAUUGCCCCAACCUAUAACAUGGGAGACUCAAGUAUCAGCCAAUGGGAAUAAGGCUAAUGUUUGGGAAGGAAUUAUUGAUGCAAACAAACUCCCAUACAUGGCAAUGCUACGAAAUAUAAGAAACUUGAUUUUAUCUGGUAUUUCUCAAAAGCAUCAUGAUAAAGUUCUGAAAUACUUGGAAAAUAAAAAUGCUGUAAUAAAUUGUCGACAAGUACCGCUGCAAUUUUUUGAAGCAUACAAAGUGGUAGAAGAGUUGAAAGUACUACUAACAAAAGAUAAAGAGGAAAUUUGCAAGCCUAGCUUAACUGAAUGGAAAAAGAAACAUGCUGAAAAGGUUUAUGAAAAAAUUCAUAAAGCAUCUUCUAUUAUUUUAUCACGUUAUCAAGAAGCUAUAAACAAGGCUUUAGAAAUAUCUUCUCUACAUAAUUUAUGCCCAAUACCUGGAAAGACAUUGAUUUUGUGUGAUACAAUAUUUCUUAAUCAAGAAAAAGUUAAGAAGCAAAGAAAAGUUCAAUCUAAAGCUUUAGAGACAUGCACAAUGAUGGGUUUGAUGAUAAAAAAAGCAUGUGAACAUGGUUUAAUGUAUUUAGUGGAUACUCAUGAUGCCACUAGAGUAACUUUUGAUAAUGAUAGCAAUUUUCUUGAAGUUUUGCAAAAUGAAUGUGAAAAGAUAGAAAGUCAAUUUUCUACCAGGUGGACUCAAAGAGAAGUAGAAGGUUUGGAAGAAAUUUUAAGCUUUUAUCUAAAACAGCAAGUUAUUUUAUCUGAAAAGUUGGAUCAUAUAAUCUUUUUAAGAAUAUCAGAUGACAAAGAGUAUGAAAAGUCUGUUUCUUCUUUUCUAAACAAAUAUCGUGAGACAGUUAAUCCAGACCUUCUUUAUACAGAUGUAAAUCUUGUUUUGAGUAAUAAGAGUUUUUCAAAUCAACAUUCUGAUGAUGAAAGAGAUAUUUAUCUGUGCGGAAACAGUCCUCAGUUAAUUAAGUUUAUAUCAGAACGCUCUAAUAAUGGUCAGCUCACCUGUGUGGAAAACAUUGAUAAAAAAUAUGAUUUAAAAAGUAUUCACAAUUCUUUCCCAGUGAAAAAAGUUGGUUCUGAUGACAUUGACGAAAAUACUAUACCUGCUUAUUCAAGAGAACCAAAGUGGCAUUCGGUACGCAUCUUUAUAUCAUCCACAUUCAAAGAUAUGCAUUCUGAAAGAGAUAUGUUAGUUCGGUAUGUCAUGCCUGAACUAAGGAGAAGGGCAUCGUCUGUGUUUGUAAAAAUAAAUGAAGUUGAUUUAAGAUGGGGCAUUACUGAAGCUGAUUGUACUACUAAGCGUGCUGCUGAGUUGUGUCUCAUUGAAGCUGAAAAGUGUGAUUUAUUUAUUGGCUUACUAGGACAAAGAUAUGGAUCUGUUUAUACUUAUGGUACCCCUGAUUGUCCUGAAUUACAGUGGGUGAAAGAUUAUCCUCAAAGUCUAUCUAUAACUGAAUUAGAGAUGCAUGCCGGAGCUCUGAGACCAGAGAAGUUAGCAAAUAAACGAGCAUUCUUUUACUUCCGAAAAUCGAAUUUCUUGAGUGAAGUGCCUCCAAAAUAUCAAGAGUAUUUUAUAUCAGAAACCCCAGAUUCCAAACUAAAGUUGGAAGAACUAAAAACCAAAAUUCGUAAUAGUGGAUUGCCAGUAUUUGAUGGGUAUGAUUGUAAAUUUGCUGGUGCAUUAAAGGAAAAACCUAUUUUGAGUGGUCUGGAUUCAUUUGGAAAAGCUAUAAUAGAAGAUUUAUGGAAUGUUAUCAAGGAUAUUCAUGAAAAAGAACCACCUUUGGAUUGUGUGUCUGAAGAGGAAAAGCAUCAGCAACAUCUACUAAGCAAUUUUCAUUGUUUUAUUGGUGCAAGAAGAUUUCUUGCUGAAAAUUUAGCCAAAACAAUUAACAAAGAAUGUGGAAUAUUUCUGAUAACUGGUGCAUCUGGCUGUGGCAAGACAACAUUUGCUGUUGAUCUCCUUAAUAAGCUACAAAAUUUUAUAGUGAUUAAGUUUUUUAUUGGACUAACACCAAGAUCAACAAAUGUUAAUUACAUGCUUCAUUUUAUAUCUGAAUCCAUUGCAAGAAAACUUCCUGUGUCUGCUGUGUUUCCAAAUUCACCAAGUGAUGUGAAGAAUAACUUUCCAGAAAUUCUACAGCAAGCUGUUGAUAGCGGGAGAGAUUUUAUUCUAUUACUUGAUGGAAUUGAUUACUUAGAUUCUGAUGGUCAAUUACUUGAUUGGUUACCUCUUCACUUACCUAAAAGGCUUAGGCUUAUCUGCACAGCGUCCGAAUCCUCACAUGCUUCAAAGGUGCUUCUUGAACGACAAGCAUUUGAUAACAAGUUAUAUUUGGAAAACCUUAUUGCACUUCCUCAAUCAGAAAAAGAAUCUGUAGUAAGACACUAUUUAAGUCUUUUUGGAAAGACUUUGGAUGAAAGCUCAUUUAAUAACCAAAUGUUACUUAUGGUAACAAAAAAAGACAGUGGUAUUCCAAUGUAUUUAAGAUUAGCGUGUGACUUUUUACGAACUUAUGCAUCCUUCGAAACUUUCGUGCCUAUGCUUCAAAGUCUUCCCACAUCUUCAGUUUUACUUUUACAAGAAGUGAUUAUACAGAUGGAGAAUGAAUAUGGAUCUAUCUUAAUUCAAUCAGCUCUCACCUUAUUGUGCAUCACCAAAGAAGGGCUAGAUGAUAGAGAUUUGCAUGUUCUUUUAAGUAUAGUAUUAAUGGAUAAAGCAAGCAAUGCCUCAAACUCUUGGGAAAAAACUAUACAAAAAUUUAUUUCACUCAAUCCUGACAGUUUAAUAAGUCAAGUGACUUUCUGUUCCAUGCUCCAUUCAAUUUGUAAUUUUUCAUUUAGACAGUCAAGACCAUCAAGCUUGAGUCUGGCUGGAUCAGAACUGGAGAAAGCCGUGAAAAAGUACUACUUGAAUAAAAAUUAUUCCAAUUUUCAGAAAAGCAUGCAUUUUCUUUUAGCAGCAUACUACUACUCUAUUUGUGACCCUGAUAAUAAUGCGAAAUUUACAACUCGUUCUGGCUAUGCAUUUAGAGGAUUACUUUCUCAUUUAUUCAAUGGAAGGUGUACUCCAGAACUUGCUUCUUUGUUGUGUAAUCUUCAAUUUCUAGAAGCUUGUUUUUAUGUGGAUUGUGGCGAAAUUCUUCAGGAGUAUUAUCUAAACAUUUUAGAAGAAAAACAGAGAGGGAGGCGAGAUACAAAAGAAAUAGAUUUUGACGUAUUAGAAUCUUACAAAAAUUUUGUUUGUCGUAAUCUGCAUAUUUUAAACAGACAUCCAGAAUUAACACAACAACAAGCAUAUAAUGAACCAACCGGAUCUCAUGUGAAAAUAGAUGUUGGUGAUAUCAAAUCUUUAAUAAUUGCUUGUGUCUCUGAACCUAUUGUGUCUGAUCACAGGCUAUCUACACUUAAUGGCUUUAUACAGCCUAUUACUGCAGUUUCUUAUGAAGAGUCGAGAAGAAUCGCUGUUUUAGGAAGUAAAGAUGGAUAUCUGAAAAUACUUGAUUACUCAUCUAAAAGAGUCAUACGAAAUCUCAAAAGCCACACAUCAGCCAUAACAUUUGUUUGUUUUGGUGGAAAAAGUAGAAUCUGCACAGCCUCAAAUGAUACAACCUUAAAUAUUUGGAGUAGUGAAGAUUACAGUUUAAUUUCUGUGUUGAAGGGUCACAGGCAAAGUGUUACUUGUUGCUGUGCUGAUCCAACAGGAGGAGUGUUACUGUCUUCCAGUUGGGACAAUACUGUUCGCCUGUGGAGUUUACUUGAUGGGAGAUCAAUAUCCACCAUUGAUUUUAGAUGCCCAGUGAAUUGUAUUGAUCAUCACCCAUAUAAGCAACAAGUUACUUGUGGUUUGUGGAACAGCUGCAUUGAAGUGUGGGAUACAGUUAGUCUAAAGAAAGUAUUUACUGCUAAAAGUCAUUGUGGCUCUGUUAAAUCAAUAGUUUAUUCUUCUGAUGGUGUUAACAUAAUCUCUUCUUUUAUUAAUUCUGACAUUGUCAUUUGGUCUGCAGAAGAAGGGUUAAAGGUGGCAAAUCUGAAAGGACAUGCAUUACCAGUAAAAUCUUUAGUUUUUUCUGUUGAAAAGAAUCUGAUUGUGAGUGGUAGUGAAGACUGUACCCUUAAGAUUUGGCCAACAGCAGAUGGUGUGUGUAUCAACAAGUUGUCAGAGUGUAGAUUUUGCCCUAUUAGUAUGCUGGAAAUAAUAUCCCAUGACCUUCUAGCUAUUGUUUUUCAGAACUCAGAAAUGUGGAUUAUGAACAUGUAUACUGGUUCUGUAGAGGCCAAAUUCGUCAUUAAUUCAGACAUUGUCUCGUACAUCAGUAAACCAAGUGAUAACAUUGACCUUGAUACAGUUAAACAACAAAAAUGGACAGAAAUGUGUGUGAUAUUUGGAACUCAAUCUGGAAAGGUUCUGUGUGGAAACUUUACUGAAUCAUCUGUAUCCUCGAUUGGAUUGAUGAAAUUUCGAGUUACCUCAAUUGUUCAUAACCCAAAAAUGAUUGUUUGUGGAAAUUCUGAUGGUGAUAUUGGUGUAUUUCGUUAUCCAGAUUAUAAGUCAGCAUAUGUAUAUGGUGUGCAUAAAGGUUCAGUUCUCUCCUUACACCUGUUUGGUAAAUAUUUUCCACUUGUGAUGUCAUCUGGAUAUGAUAAAGUUUUAAAAAUUUGGCGCAUUGAUAUAAAGGAAACGAUAGAGCUUAUGCAUUAUGAAGACGUGACAACUAAGCAUAGUGAUGGAAUUUUGUGUAGUUAUUAUGUUGAUUAUCACAGUAUUUAUCCUCGAUAUUAUUUAUCUGGCUCACAUGAUAAUAAUAUUAUUAUGACUGAAGGUUAUGGGGAGAAAAUCUUAUGUGGAUUAAAGACAAGCGUAAUAAAUGUUUGUUUCUCAAAUGAUUAUAUCAUUGGAUGUGCUAAUGAUGGUAGUGUUGCCAUGUGGUCUAUAGAUGGGAAAUUAUCAAGUUAUGUCCCUGGAAUUGAUCAAUCAUCUACAAUAUUAUCAUUCUUAGUUGAAAAAAAUGUGGCAGGAGGAGUCUUUGAUGUCACUCUGGCAUAUGUUGAUAAAGAUGGCAGUGUGAAAAUAACUAAACCUAUUCAGAAAUUAUAUUGGUAUUCACUUGAAGGACACAGCAAAAGUAUCACAUCAUGCAGUAUCAAUAGAAAUGGUGAAAUAAUCUCAAGCUCUCUUGAUGGAACAAUAAAUGUUUGGAAAAUUAGUGCCGAUACCCCAGAUGCAUUUUUAAACCAUAAAUCAUCCAUUAAUGGAAUUCUUAUAUCAAAUGAAAACAAAAUGCUGAUUACUUCUGAUGUGCAAGGAACCAUUUUAUUGUGGAAACCGAAUGAUGUUUCAAAACGAUUCAGUUUAGUCUGUGUUGGAAAGAAAACUUAUACUGGGGGAUUCAUCAAAGCUAUUGCCUUAUCAAAAACAUCCACCUUUAUAGUUGCUGUGACACAAGUGAGAGAGAACAAAGAAGAUAUCCAUUUUUUGGACACUAUAUCAAUCUUGAGUCAGAAAUCAGAUGGACACAGCUAUUAUCAAUGGGCUAAUUCAACUGAACUCGCUGAUCCUGAAGCUCCAGAUUCAUAUAGUUUGAGAACAACACAUACCCAUAGUCUGGACAGUGAAGUAUUGUGCCUAGAUACAUGUCAACAGUCACAAACAGUUGUAGUUACCUUUAAAAAUGGAGAAUUGCUAGUUAUAACUCCUCAAGAUAAAAAGAAAUUAAAGUUAUCUGAUGAAUGGAUAAUUGGAGCUAGAAUAUUGUUUUGUGAAGAUUCAGUUGAGCAUUUGUUUCUCUCUCUCUCAAAUGGAAGUGUUAAAACCUUUCUUAUGUCCACAGUGUUAGACGAAAAUUUUUGUGAUAAUUCCUGGACUUUAUCUUCAUCGCUAGAGAAAGAGAAUUCUUUAUACACUACUGCAUUUUACUGUAUAAAUAAAGACUUAUUAGUGUGCGGUGAUACAAAGGGCUACUUAAAAAUUCAUAAAAAUGAUAUUACAUCUAAAAAAAUACAUGAAAGUGCCAUUACUGGAAUUGCUGUGAUUGAUCAUUAUAUAUUUACUAGCUCUCUUGACAAAACCGUCAAAGGUUGGAAGCUUUCAAGUCUUGAACAGGUAUGCCAGUAUCAUUCACCAGUUCCUAUAACUAGUCUUAAAGCAUCAGAAAUUUGCUUAGGAGGAUUUGUUAAUGCUAACACGUUAAUUAUUGGGACAAUCUUUGGUGGAGUAGAAGUACUUCAAUUUGUUUGAUUUUGAUUCUUCUGUUAAACUCCAUUUUGUGCUUCUUUCUAGUGACACCUUUUAUGAGCUUAUGUAACAUUAAUUAUUUUCAAUAAUUUUCUUCUCAAGGCAAAUUAUUAUUGUAUGUCAUAUUACUGAAUUGCUUUUAUUGAAUAGCAAGUUGUAGUUUUCAUUCUGAAAUUAAAUAAACCAAUGACACUUUA